UUAAAUGCCAUAAAUAAUUUCCAUCUAAUUGAUUUACUUUUUCCUAUCUAAUAAAAGUUUUGCGAAAAAAGUGCGUCGAAUUGCGCUUUGUUAACAAGAAGCCCUUAAAUCACUAGUUUAAAAAAAUAAUGCAAGAAUUUUAGUUACCAAGUAAACAAUGGAUACAGUUAACAAGCAAUAUUGUCACUUUCAUUAAAUGUUUUUUUUUUUUUUUUAAAUAAGUUUUGUUUCAUCGCAUCAUAGUUUACUUAAAGGUAAAAUUUAUCAAACUGGAUUAUUAUUAAAGCAUUGCAUUGAGCUUGAUUUGUGGGAAAUAUUAAAAUUUUAUUUUAUGACGUUUCAACAUUUUAAAGGGGCCCCGUUAAUUGGGUUCUUGAUUCUACUUGGUAUAAUAUUUUCCGGAGCGGUUAUAGCAGCUAUUUCAUUAUACAAUAAAAGGCGCGCAAGAAAUCGAACUCGAAGUUUAUUGCGUAAAUAUACAAUACGCGAACAUGUUGACAAUAAAGUGAUUGGUACAUUACGAAAUCCAAUCCAACCUCCUUCAAAUUCGUAUAUAAAAGUUAAACUUGUUUCUAAAAAACCAGCUCCACUGAAGCGUCAAAGGUUGGUUUACGAUGAAUCGAUGGACGAUAAACUGUUGUCAGAAUUUGUAAAAGAUAACGAAAUUCAUCAUCCUCAUGAACGCUCCCAUUCAUUUGAAAAAAAUCAAAACAAAGAUCGAUUUUUAGACCGGUUUAAAAAUUCAUCAAAAGGUAAUGACAAAAAAAGGUUAAGUUUUAACAACGAAGAUAUUUCCAAAAUCCAAAGUGAAAAUCGUGCCGAAGGUUUCGGAAAAAUUGAGAUAACUCUUCAAUACUCUAUUUCAGAAGAACUAUUAAAUGUUGCGCUAAUAUCAGGAAAAGAAAUUCAUUCAGGCGAUUUAGAAGAUGUUUUAAAGUUUCCUGCUAUAUCCAUACAAUUAGAAGGCAAUGAUGAAUCAGAAGUCACUUCAAAUCCUGAUGAUGCUCCACACCCCAUGUACGAUCAAGAGUUUGCAUUUCCUUUAAGUGUAGAUAUGUUGAAAAGUGGAAUAUUGCGGUUUACAGUAAGGGAUCUUUUAUACAGUCAUGAUAUACGAAUCAUUGGUUUUGUACGAAUUUUUCUUCAUGAUUACGAAUCAAUCUUAUUACGAGGAGAACUUACUCCUCUUAUACGUGGCAACAUUACAAUGUCUUUAGUAAAACAGCCCAGUUAUUUUAUCGGCGAAGUUUUGCUUUCGCUAUCUUACGACUGUGUUACUGAUAAAGUUGUUGUCAAUAUACAAAGACUUAGAAACUUGCAAAUUUCCAAGGAGGAUAAAGACGUAUACGCGAAAGUUUCUAUACUCUUGGAUAAUAAAAUUUUGUUAAGUAAAAAAACGGCUUGCUUUGCACCCUCAAGAAAUAUUUCGACAAAUAAACAAACAUUUGAAUUUAACGCUUUGUCAGAUUAUCUAGACAGCUUUCCAAAUCCUCAGCUAGAUUUGACCCAAGAGUUACCCUCUUACCAAUCAAAGUUUGUAAAAAGUUCGACACCUCUAAAUAAUUUAAAUGGAGCAGAUCGGUAUAUAGUAGAACUGAACACUCCAGAUUCUCUAAAAAAUCAUAUGGGAAUAUUAUUAAGCGUUCGCGCAACAACAAGCAAUGUCACGAAAAGAGUUAUAGGACGUUUAUAUAUAGGAAAAACUAGCAAAGCGGAGAGUGAAGAACAAAUACAUUGGAAAGAAAUGUUGAAACACUUUGAUAAUCGCAUCACACAAUGGCAUUAUCUGAAACUUGAUAGAUUAUAAUACAAAAGUUUUUUCUUUUUUAAGUCUAACUGUUUUAUUUAAAUUGAUUGUUGAAAAUUUUUUUACAAAUUUAUUUGAACUAAAUAAUGUUGUUAAAAACUUUUACAACUUGGUUUGAACUGAGCAUUCAUAAAAAUUUUUACAACUUGGUUUGAACUGAUCAUUCGUAUAAAUUUUUACAACUUGGUUCGAACUGAGCAUUCAUGAAAAUUUUUCUCUAAAAAA